GGGUCAGGGGCCGGCCGAGCGCCGAGGACUUGUGUGCAGCCGGCGGGUGGGCCCCGGCACGGACUUUUCCGCCCAACAGACACCGCGCGCAACCGAGGCUUUGGGGCCGACCGACCUCUGGGAGUGGGCGGGACUGCGCAUGCGCAGUCCGCCUCCGGAAACUGCGGGGCUCGCGGGCUUCACUGACUUAUCUUGGAUGGAGGAACUGGAGCAAGGCCUGUUGAUGCAGCCGUGGGCAUGGCUACCGCUCCCUGAGAACUCCGUCCUGGCCAAGGCGUAUAUCACUAAGCAGGGCUAUGCCUUGCUAGUUUCAGAUCUUCAGCAGAUGUGGCACGAACAGAUGGAUACUAGUGAGGUGAGCCAGCGAGCCAAGGAGCUGAACAAGCGCCUGACUGCGCCCCCUGAAGCUUUUCUCUGUCAUUUGGAUAAUCUGCUUUGCUCAUUGUUGAAAGACGGUGCCCAACCUGAUGAAGCUGCUUUCUGCUGUGAUCGCGGGGCAGAGGCACUGAUUCUCCGGGUGCGGAGCGAGCUCUCCGGCCUCCCCUUCUAUUGGCAUUUUCACUGCAGCCUGGCUAGUCCUUCUCUGGUCUCCCGACAUUUGAUUCGUCCUCUGAUGGGCAUGAGUCUGGCAUUGCAAUGCCACGUGAGGGAGCUAGCAACCUUGCUUCGGAUGAAAGAUCUAGAGAUCCAGGACUACCAGGAGAGUGGGGCUACAUUGAGCAGAGGUAGAUUGAAGACAGAGCCAUUUGAAGAAAAUUCUUUCUUGGACAAAUUUUUGGUAGAGAAACUACCGGAGGCAUGCGAUGUCGGCGACGGAAGGCCCUUUGUCCUGAAUCUGCAGAGUCUGUAUGUGGCAGUCACCAAACAGGAACUCCAAGUGGGACAGAAGCACCCAGGUGCUGGGGAUCCUCAGACCACAAGCACUGCCUCCCCUGGAGGAACUGGUAGCCAACUUCUGAGCCAGCCACAACAGCUGGGCUCUUCAGAAGCAUGCUCCUCAGCGCUUGAGGAAGAGCCUGCUGGUACUGCGGGUCUUACACAGAGACCUCAACUCUCAAAGGCCAAGCGGAAGAAGCCAAGGGGGCUCUUCAGCUAAUCUGUCAUGGUCUCAGCUGCUGGCAUGGACCAGAAUUGCUUCCAAGCAUCACCCGGAAAGGAGCUCCAUGGCACAGUAUCUCUCGGGCAGACAUACUGUCAGGGGCUACCGUCAGGGCAAGAGGACGAAGUUCGUGUCGACAGGCCACCUGAACGGGACUGUUCACCAAGCAAAGCUUGGUUCCAGCCAGCCUGGCCUUCCCUGUCUGAGUGGAAGCUUGUCUCUGGGAGUCCAUGCUUUCCUCUCUCUUGGUGGAGGUCCUUCAGACCCGGGCCUGACUUGGGUGUGUACAUCCGGUCUGCAAAAAGUACAACAUGCUCGGGAAGCCUUGUCUGCCUUUCUCCAGAGUCCCUAGCCAGCCCCAGAUACUCCCCAGAGACCCACUUCUCUCUUUGGCACAGAAUAAAACCACUUACAAUGCCCUGC